AUGAGAAAGGAUGAUUUCCAAACAACUCUCUUGUUUUAUUCCGUGUUAUUUUCUACUUUUAUUUUGGUUUCAACUCAAAAUGAAGAAAACAGUACUGCUAACGGAUACUUAAAUAUAAAAGAAGGUUCCCUCAACAAACCGAGAUUUCAGUGGAUUUCACAUGAUACUCUUAAUAUUCAACUGCCUUCAUUAAUUGUUUCUGAAGAAUCAAAGAAAUCCAUUGAUUCUGUUUCAAUAUUUGUGGCGAAAUCCGAAAAUAAAGACAAAAGUGUCAAGCUGUUAAAUAUCAAAGUUCCAAAGAGCAGUGGUCAGAUUAUGGGACUAAAUUCGGCGUACACUUAUGAUGCAUACCUUCAGAUUGACUGGGUGAAUGGGACAACGGUGGACUGGUUACAUAUGAAAAUAACAUCAGUGGAUUCUGUGAGCGAUGAACACCUUACUGUCAAACGUAUCAGUGACGUCUAG